GCGUGAAGCAUAACAACAAAAACAACAGCAGCAGCAGCAACUAAAGCAACUAGAGAAGGAGAAACUGCAAUGAAGACUUUAAAGAUGGAAGCAAUGGCAACCAGCACUUUUAAACACAGAAAUGAGAAGCUUAAAUUAAGAAAACCAGCUGUGGAGAAACUGCGCAGAGACCGCAUCAACAGCAGCAUCGAGAAGCUCAAGCUUCUUCUGAAAGACCAGCUUAAAUCCAAGCAGCCGAGCUCCAAACUGGAGAAGGCUGACAUCCUGGAGAUGGCCGUGACCUACCUGAAAAGCAAGACGCAGGAACAGAGCUACACAGAUGGCUUCGCCCGGUGUUUGGAGGAGACCGCCCGCUUCCUCUCAGCUCACAACCAGCUAACAGCAGAAAAACCUGCUUUAGUGAAGAACAACACUGGAGCACAGACGCCUGAAUCCUGUGUAAAGACUGUUCCUGUGGGUGAGAAGAUCAUCUCCGGUGUUCCUCAGUGCACGCUGGACAACGCACAGCUUUGGAGACCCUGGUGAUCUUCAACAAAACCACUUUAACAAAAACACUCAAGUUAAAAAAGAGAGAACGUAUUGGCUAGUAUUUAGCCACGGUGGUGUUCUCUUGUGCAGUAGAGCUUUAAUGUUCCUUUAUUCACACUGUAUGGAUGUAAACAGCAGCUGUUUCUCUGUUCCUCAGAGAAUGGACUGACUACCCCGUAACUGAACCUCAAUGCACGUAUGGUUGCUAGUAGGUACACUUCACCUGUGUAGGGUAUGAUUUUUUACAUAUUGUAAAAAGAAAAUGAUGUUUUUUUAUGGUAAAAUGUUGUUUUAUGUGAUCCAUCAUGUUGAUGGAAUUGUCAAUGUCUGUUUUAAGACAAAAUUAAAGUACUUAUAUUAUAAAA